GCACCGGUAGGCUGAUGACGGCCGGGCUGUGUACAGUGAUUGUUUCUAUGUAGUAGUAGAUUGCUUCCUGUGCACGGUCAGUGUAUGUAACCCGAUGAUGUGACAAUGAUGCACAGUACCUGCUGCAGCAGGGGAUGGGGUACUACUUUACCGGCCCAUCACGAGGCGGCAGACCCCGAGCAGCUGGACACAUCACAGUGAGUGUGCUGCGUGCUAUCCCUCAGUCACCGCUAACUGCAGAUAUGAUAGAUCAGAGAGUGCCACGUUAUCGAUGCUGGAAAGGUGCACAGUGGCUGAGCCACUAUUAAAACGGGCACAUCCAGUUUCUAGAGUCCUUUCUAGGAUCCAGGAUCAGACUGUGAAAUUGCCGUCAUACUUUUCCCACUUGCAUCUAUCUGAGCUCAGAUGGCGUAACACUCCAUCACAAAUACAGAAAAAUGUUAAUAAUAGAGACAAACAACCAACACAGAAAACAAUAUCAACAAUAUAUGGCAGAGAAGAAACUGGUACACGUAUCUUUUUAAUGAAACCCUACUCUGCUAUAUGUAAAGGGAAUCCUGACAUGCCAAGCAUCCACAGCGGGAUUCCAGGCACCAGAGUGAACCGACUCCCCCAUUUACCGUGCACAGGAUAUUCUUUGUGUGCCUCUCAUCACUACAGAGACAGAUGUGCCGUCGGGACCGCCCGUAUGAUCUACCCCCUCCGUGAGAUGUCCGAGAUACUUCCGCUCGGUGGAGCGCACACACUGGGGCGAGUGGAACGCAUUCUGGCGGUUGCUUAACAACGCCAGGAGCGGAAGCCGGGGAGAGGAAGGAUCGUGACCUCCGGCGGGCGGAAGUCAAGGGAAGGACCGCGGGCGGACACACACAUGCUGUGGGGUACAAAGGUGGGGCCGAGCACAACGGCAAGCUGCUGCUGCUGGGAGCCCCGACCAGUCCCCUUCUGAGCCCCCCUCCCCUUCUCACACCCAUUCCCCCUCUCCUUCCCAGUCCCCUUCUCAGCCCCCCUCCCCUUCUCACAUCCCCACCUUCGGAAUGGGCAGCAGAGGCCCCGGAGGCACUUCUGGGAGGUGAUCAAGUGGCACAGGACAAUGUUGCAGUUGGAGAUCCCACAACUUUUGACGGCAUUCUGGCCACCAUGCGGCAAAAUCUGGAAGCCUUGCUGGCUAAUGUGGACCAGCUGCAAAAAUGUGCUUAAUUUUUAUUUAUAAACAUUUUAUAUUUUCAGUUUAAAAAAAAAAAAUAUGACAAACAAUAAAAACUAUAUAUUUCAAGUUAA